AUGUCUGCACCGAGUACUACGGGUAUGUCUCCGGCACCCACUCCUCCACCUGAAGUGCCAACAUCACUUGCUGAAUGGAGAUUUAAACCUAUUCCGCGGGCCGAAUGCAUUGAAGCAUAUCGCCCGGGAGGCUAUCAUCCAGUCCAUUUUGGUGACCUUUUUCACAAUGGCCGAUAUAAAAUCAUUAAUAAAUUAGGCUACGGCCAGUAUUCUACUGUCUGGCUCGCACAAGACGUUCCGUCCUCGGAAUUUGUUGCAUUGAAGAUAAAGACGGCCAAAGACUCCGUAGAAGACCAAGAAGUUGUGGUGCUAAAUCAUUUAAAUGAUUCAAGAGCGUCAACAGCAGGCUCGGAGCAUGUGAUUCGUCUUAAAGAUAGCUUCUAUCAUCAAGGUCCGAACGGGAACCACCUUUGUCUUGUAUUCGAAUUACUUGGAUUUAGUGGAAGGUUGACCAAGUUCCCAAUGCCGGUGGCAAAAAGAAUUUUAAAGGAAAUUCUUCUUGGCCUUAAUUUUCUCCAUCAAAAUGGCGUCGUUCACGGCGAUCUACAUCCCGGAAAUUUCCUUUCUUCGGUCAAAGGUCUAAAUAGUCUUGAAACCCGAAAUUUUAUGGCUAGAAUACGAGAAGCUACGGUGGAGGUCAAGAGAAUUGACGAGAAGUUGGAUAGGUGGGCACCGAAAUAUCUGGCCAUGCCACAACCUCUUGUGGAAACCAACCAACGGCUUGUUUCCCCUAUAAAGAUAUCGGAUUUGGGUGCAUCAAUUCUUACUUCCGAAGCACCCACCGCCAGGACACCAGUUAUAGCUAUUGGUCUUCGAUCUCCCGAAUUAAUUCUAAAUUCUCAUCCGUUCGAUACUUAUAUUGAUAUCUGGAGUUUCGGUUGUUUGAUGUUUGAAAUGCUGAUCGGAGAGAAAUUGUUUGCACUGAUGCCAUUGAUGCCUAGCUGUAAUAUCGACAAUCGAAACGACGAUAACCUACUCCAGAUGGAUAUGAUUUUAGGGCCACUACCAGAAAACAUACAUGCCAGAUGGGCUCGAUCAGGGAAUUAUUGCCGACCCGGUUCAAGGGAGCACUAUAACUCAAUGAUCGGGGGUCCUGAAGGUAUUCCGAGCCCUGUUCCGAAUAUGGAGGAGACGGUUCGUCAAGCUCUACCUGAAGAGGCCGAAGUCAUCUUUUCUCUGUUACGCGAAAUCCUGAACUACGACCCAUUGAAACGACCUUCAGCCUUGGAAAUUUUAAAAAAUAGUUUCUGGGACGGGCCCGGGUAG